CAAUGAUUCAGCGGGCAUAAUUUGGAUUAUUGCAGUAGAAAUAGAUUUUUUUUUAAAUAUCCUACACUUGCUAUGCAAAGAUAAUGCUUUCAAUUGUUUUAAUGCUCGGUCAAAAUGUCGCUGUUCUUAAAAGUUGAAAGGUCGUGCCGCUUCACUGACUGAUGGUAGAUGUUUAAGGAAGUAAGCAGUCAGGUGAUGCUUAAAAUGAUCUACAGUAAGGAGAACGAGAUACGUGCAAAAUCAUGAAGGCUCUGUGGUCGGGUUUCUAAUCUUCAGAUUGGGAUCCUGAAGGGGGGACUGUCGCUGAGCUGUGACAGGGACGCGGCGGAACAUGUCGAAUCCUCAAGGGGGAUGCACACCGCUAGUACAGAGUCUGGCUGCACUAUUAAGAAACUCUGGUGACAUUGUUUUAAAUGGUAGCAGUACUUUAACUCUUCAAGCUGCUAGCCUCCAAUACCUUACACGCCUGUUUGAGCAAUUUCUACUUUCACGGAAACACCAACAUGGCUUUUUGGCUCUUCCUUCUCAUCCUGCUGAUACGGCCUCUCUUUUGCAAGUACAGUUCCUUUUUGACAUGCUGCAGAAGACAGUUUCCCUUAAGUUGGUUAAUCCUCUUGGAUCAAAGCUCCAGUCACCAGUGAAAAUUCUCCCUUUUAAGUCACUGAAAUGCUUGGAGUUGAAGCGGAUUCCCCCCCACUGCCUUGAGGGUCUAAGGGCAGUGUAUUCUCAGCUUGAAGUGUUCAUCUGUUCAAGGAGCACCCAGUCACUAGAAGAGCUUCUGUCUCUAUGUGGAGGAGAUAUAAGUUCAGCACUACCAUGGUUGGAACUACACACAUUAAAUUUCAGUUACAAUGCCAUCACAGCCCUUGACAACUCAUUGAGUUUAUUGAAUGUUCUAAAGUAUCUGGAUCUGAGUCACAACAAAAUCCAUGACUGUGAAGAAUAUUUGCUGCCUCUCAGUGAAUUGGAGCACUUGAAUUUGGGGUACAACUUUCUACAAACCAUACCAGUGCUGAGUCUAAGCUGUCGAACUAAGCUAGUAAGCCUUAUCCUCAGGAACAAUGAAUUAGAGAGCAUCAAUGGUGUGGAGCACUUGUCAUCUUUACGUCAUCUUGACCUGUCGUACAACAUUCUGAUAGAUCAUUCCAAGCUUGCCCCUUUGUCCCAGCUGCACUCUCUUAACACACUCAGUCUUGAUGGCAAUCCAUUGUUUUUCCAUUGGAAUCAUCGGUGUGCAACCAUUUUUCACCUUUCCUCCAAAGCAGCUUUCCUUAAGUUCAAGCUAGAUGGAUGCUUUCUGUCUUCCUCUGAGUUAGGAGUACUGCCAAAGUCAGGCCCACAGACGGGUCAAUCACCCCGCCAGUCAUCUCAGGACGAUUUACUUAGUGAUCGGCUUACUCAGGAAGUGUCCAGUGGAGGUGGUGACAUGAGUGAUAGCCUAUCUCAAAAUGAAAUUGGAGCAUCAAAGCUUUCUCGAAAACGGUCCAAGAACAAGAUAAAAGUAAGAAGACCUAGUAUUUCAGAACCAAGUGAUACGGAACACGACAGUCAAAGGCAAGAUGCAUCGUCAGGAAUAUUCCUGCGUCACAAGAAGGCAAUAGAGAAGAUGGAUAACUUUCGAGACCAGAUGGGAGAGGACUGGCUACGUUUCAAACACCAUCUGGAAGGUGAUCAGGAUAUUUCUAUUGUGACAGAACCAGGGCCGCCUCUUCCUUCACAACCUUUCAAAAGCCAAUCUGAUACCUUAAGCAAACCAAUAACAGAACCAAACACCAAAACACCAGAGCUUCUUGAAUCACGUUAUAUUCUAGAAGAUCCUGACACAAGUUUGAAAUGGGAUGGGUUAAGCCAUAACCAGGGUGAUAACAUUCAAGAGUUGCAGGAGCCAACUCUUGAAGAAUCUAUCCAAGACUUUGAAAGAGAACUAACGACUGGAGCACAUGCAGUAAUAAAGGAGGAGGACGAUUAUGAUGAGUUAGAAGUAGACCUUUGUCACCCACUUGUUGUUGGAAUAGAAUCAGGCAGUGAGGCUAGCCAGUCAUAUGACACACGCCUCUUCCUGAGAGUUACUCCUCGUUACGCAGUGGAGGUUGAUUUGAAAAGUGCACAUGUUCUUGACAGGCUGGAGUUGGAGCGCCUUAGUGACAUCAGUACCUCUCAGGCCAUCUGGAAAGAAAAGGAUAGGGAAGAGGACCGUCCUGUCCUCGAACUACAUUUUAGUUACCUAAGCCGUCCCAGUCGGAAACGACGAUAUAUCCUACUGGAUGAAAAUCCAAAGUGUGCCUUACAGUCUUUGAUGGAACUGUUCAGUAAUAUUAUUAAGGAAAAUUUGCAAAAGGCAGCAGAAUUAGCACCAAAGUCAGUAACACUGCAGUGUCUGAAGUGCAAGUUGGACUUUUCACUACCCAAAGAAAAUAAACAAAUGGUGCCUCUAACAAGAGGAGAAAUGGGAGUUUCAGGGAAUGAUACAUCAAUCAAAGCUGUCUGCCCAGCUUGCACCAGUGAUCAUGUGGUUCAACUUCCAACUCAAAUCCAUCAGCAGCGUACAAGCAGUCCAAUUCCAAAGGUUCCACAGGUUGCUGAUUCUCCAAACAGCAGUAGCCCGCAUAGCAACUUGUCUCUCUCAAGUGACACAGGGAUUGUGGACAAAUCUUCAGAAGUACACGAAGAGAGCAUCCUUUCUAGUUUCCAAACAGAUUCUUUUUUUUCAGGAAAAGCACAGAUAUUUGAUUCAGGAGAGACUGAAAUAGAAACCGUGAAAGGGAAUGGAAUGAACAUUAACACUUUACCUUCUUUGGACAUAUUGGAUUCUGCUACUUUGAUUUCUCACAGUGCUGACCAUACAGUGCCAAUACAAAAAAAUGGAUUCUUUUCAUCUGGGCUGGAAUUAGGAGGAGUUCAGUCAAAAGCUGAUAGCCUGGCUGGGAGUUACAGCUACAAUCCACAGCUAGCACCAAAAGUGUCUUCUGACAGUUGGGAAGAGUCCUGUAUCACUCAGUACAACUUGUUUCCAGAGAAUUUUCAGACAGUGGAUCAUCGUCUUCAGUUAUUUUUUGAUGUUGAAGUUUUUGAAGACAAUUUGGAGGACCUGCAGUGUUUCCUUAAGUUGUCAACAGUAAAAUAUGGAGAUCCUGAAGAGUUUCUGGCGUUGUUUGUGGUGUCUAACAAAUUGAUGUAUAUUUUGGAGAUCACGUCAAUAAUACAGGGUCAGCCAUCAGACUGGCUUCGAAAGCAUGCGAGUCAUAGAAUCUCUGAACUCCGCUGUGUGGAAGUGGGGCUGGGCAGCCAGACUAUCCACUUGGAGUUUGAUAAAGGACAUUCUUACACCCUAAUCAUCCGAGAUAGUACAAGGUGCAAGACUUUCUUCAGCCAAAUCAUAGAAAAUGUGCAGGAAUUUGCUCCAAAAUGUGAUAGCAAGUUGGUGUCUAUUUCUACCUCCCGAAUUGGUCCCCAUCAUCAUCUGUGGCCCAUCAUAUGUGAGAAUGCUGAUAUGGUUUUAUCUGAGGACAGUAAGCUUCAGUACUUCUACCUUCUUGCCUACUUAUGCCAAGAUGGAAUGGCAAAUCCAAUAACAGUUCUGGCAACCCAAGACUGUCUGCAUCUUCUUCAUGAGGACCAUCAGUGGACCAGCAAUCCUCCUCCCCAAACAGUAAACACCAGUGAAUAUUCAGCCUCAGAGAAGGUUAAAAUUCAAGACACUCAGCAAAUAAGCUGUGUUAGUUCAGUUCAUCUUUUUCAGUCCAACCCAUGCAGAGUGGACAUAAAUCUUUAUGAUGAAACUGCCAAGGAGGAGAAAACCUGGUGUUUACAGACAGAGAGCCCUGCGCCCGUCCAGGAACUCGUGGAAUGGAUCCGAAUACAAUGGGAAGCCAUGUUUGGGGUUAAACUCAGCAGCACACUUCAUUGAAAAGGCCACAAAGGAGGUGCCUUCAAAUAUGGCUACCUGUUUCCCAUGGUCUUUCGUUUUUUUUACCCAUAAUACUCUGGUAUUUUGCUUUUUUUAUUAACAUUUUUGCUACCCCAAACAAGACUGUAAGGCAUUUAAGUUUUUAAAUGUUGUGUGAAUGUAUACUCUUAAAAAAGUAUUAAAAUCUAUUUACUGUGGUGUUCCAUGAUUAAUAUUUUUCUACCUCUUUGAUUUUGUUCAAUAAAGGAGCACACUUAAAAGGGAAACUUUGAUAUAGAUUUGUAAACUGCAAAAUUUGUAUUUUAAAGAGGCAACAUUAUACUUUGUUGCACAUCUGUAUGUGAGCCAAAUAAACGAAACUAUUUUUUCAUUGCAAAUCGUGUUUGCCCAGAGCAAUGUAUAUAUAAGUGUGAUGUUUGCAAUUUUAUAGUGUUUUUAUGUUUUGUGGUUUUUUUUGGGGGGGGGCAGUGGGGAUGGAUUAGUUUAUUUGUAAGUGUCUUUUUUUAUCUUUAUUAAUAUUUCAUCACAGUCUUCUCCGUGACCACCGUGUGUAAAUGUCCAGAUAUGAAAAUCAAGCAGUUUGAUAUUCCCUCAUUUCUUUAGCAUAUUUUGUGUAAUCUGUGUUAGUACUGCAUUUCCAUAUGCAAAAUACAGAUCUGUGUUCACUGUCAACCACAAAAUAAAAAAAUGUGAAAUGUCAUUUCUGUUCUUGUGUUAUAUACACUUGAAUUGUGCUAUCAUUCGCACCAUUUGGUCUCUGUUAUAAAUUGUUUUGUUAUUAAUCUGUAGUAUUGCACAUGUUAAAGGCCAACACCCAAGUCUUUAAAAUAUGUAUGUAUUGAAUAUGUAAAUAAAAAAUAAAACAUGAAUUCCUAUUUAUUAGUGCUGUUAUAUAUAGCUAUUCAGGGAAAAAUAAAUUGUAUUUUUUAUAUUUCAAUAAAUCUGUAUUGAAGCAUG